CAAAUGGCCAACGACACACUAUUCUACUUGCUCAUCCAAUGUGCCCUACCUAAUUGUGCUAUAAAAUCAGUUGAACAACCCUUUCUGCUCAUCACAAAGCACGAAACCACGAUCAGUACAAGUACAAGUCACAUCCAGCCACAAAGAGGAUGCCGUCGAUUGCUACCGUUCCACAACAAAGACCCAGAAUGAUCUCCCGAGGUGUCGUAACCAGCCAGGAUCGUGCCAAGAAGCGUAAAUUCCUGCACAAGGUCAUCCGACGAUUGGUGGAGGUUCCAGCACAAACUCAAGCUCAACAAACCGAUCAGCAGGCACCAUGUUUGGAGCAGCAGAUCACGGCGGACAGCCCCACAGCCUUCGAAGAGGACGAAUUGCUCUACCCAGUGAUGUCUUUGACGGAAGACUCCUCCGAAGAUGCCAACUCGCGGGCAGACUCCGAAGACCUCCACUCAACGUCACUCAACUUGUCCAAAAGUUCCACGAGCAGCUCGCACAAGCGGCGGCUUGACCGCGUCCCGGACCGAAUGUCCCAGGUGUCCGAAGCCGGCCGUUCCGAGCUGAUCAUCCCGGUGAGUUACAACAGUCGCAUGGCGCGGGCCUACCCGAAGGAGCAGGUCGAGUCGAGGAGUCCGGCCGAACGGGAACGGCGCGAGAAGAACACACUGGCGGCGCGACAUAGCCGAGCCAAGAUGCGUGCCCUGGACGAGUUGCUGCACAAGGAGGGCCAAACGGCGAAGGAGGAGAACGCCCGGUUGAAGGUCGAGAUUGCGGCUUCGUUUUCUUACGCAGGACUGCUGAUGGAACGGCUGGGAAUGCCGGCUGUCGGGGUAAACUUUAUGGACGUGUGGGACAGCGCGUGGCAGGGUGAGAUGGGAAUGAUCAGGGGUGAAGGGGUAAAGGAUGAGACUGCGGAUAAGGAGCGGAGCGCGGACGAAACCAAAAUGGUUGAGGAUGAUGAAAUUGAAGAGUGAAUUGUAAUGUUUUGGUGAAUGUUAUUUGUAGUUCCUUAUCUUUAUGCAGUAUUAUGAUAUUAUUUUAAGCAUCAAGUACGAUUGUACUUUGAUACAAGAGUAAAAAGUGUAAGUUAUAUUUGAUAUUUUUAUAAAUAUAUG